UGUUUUUGUUAAAAUUUAGUUAAGAAUUUGUAAAAGUUUUACUUUGAAUGAAAGAAAAUUUUAAACAGCUUGUUGCCAUGUGUUAAUUUAAAAGUCAACGUUGUUUUAAGUUGAAAUUAAUUAAAUUGAGUUUAAUUAUCUUAAAUUAAACAAAUGUCUUUGGACUUGACGUUGUCUUUUGAAUCGGAAGCUGUGAGAAAUAUCGUCAAUUUACCAAAAUAUUGUGAUUUCUGUAAGUUUUUGCUGGUGGAAGAAUUGUGUUUGGAAGACGACUAUCGGCUGUUGCACUAUGGCAAAUGCAGUGUAAUUGGGAAGUUGCAAGUAGCUUCCGAUGGUAAUUUUUUAUUGGAAAACGUUCGCGUCACUAAUUUGCCAAACGAAUAUUCACUACCCGAAGGCACGCUUAGUAUACGACUAUUAACCUUUUCCUACUUUGGCACACAACUAAUUAACAAUAAACACGUAGAAAUAACCGGGGAAUCAGUACUUUAUAAUACCAAAAAUCCUCAAGAUAAUCAAUGUACACUUUUAACUUCCAAAGGUGUUGCAGAACAAUUAAACAAUACAACAAAUGAAGAGGAGUACAAUAAACUAUUGAAAUAUUUUUACAGCACCUACAAACCAGCCAUAAAAGUUUGGUUUGUACAACCGAUCAAUAGAGCUGGUGAUUUAAUACAACGUAAUCUGGAAUUAAGAAUGUUACAAGAAAAAUUACACUAG